UACAUAAAUAAUGUAUAAAAGGUAUGGUGAUAUUUCAUAGCUUCUAUGUAAAACUAAUUUAAGGUCUGCGGUUAGUUUUGGUCGGCCAUCUAAUGCUUGUUCAAUGAAAACAAAGCAGAAGAAGGCAGAAGAGGGACCAGUUGGCGGCGUUAUUAAGAAGUAAUUCAUUCUGUAGCGACCCCUAUGUUUAGGGGGAGGUACUGCAUGCGCUGUGCGUUGUAACGUAUUACAGACGAGCGGCCGUUGGUUGUAGUGCAGGUGAAUAACCACAGGGGGCGCUGUAGUCGACGCCGUUUACACUGUUGAAGUGGAGCCGUUGGCGGUUAGCAAGCGACUCGGAGCGGGACCCUCAAAAUAAUAACACCUCACGGGGUGCUCUUGGCAGCUCCGGGGUGUCACUUUGACGCUGUAUUGGGGUGCGAAUCUUAUUUUCUUAGACAUGAGUAUAUUAAUAGGCUUUUAACAACGCGUAUGCUAGUUUGACCUGGGCUCAGUCGGGAUUUGCCAUCGGUUAAAGAGUCACAUAUCGCGAUGUCCGUUACCAAACUUUUCUAAUCUCACCUAAUCUCCGCCACAGUUUAACUGGCUAACUCGUCUUGCUAGCAAAAACAGCUCCAAAAAAGUCAAAAUGCCUCCCAAGAAGCAACAGCUGAGGCCGAGGACAGCCAACGUCUCCAGCUCCCUGGACCUGGAGUCGGAGGACAUCAGCCUGGAGACAACCGUGCCCACCACCGAGGACAUCUCCUCGUCCGACGAGCAGCGGGACGGAUCCCAGAAGGUGACCCGACAGCUGAUCGAGAGGAAGGAGCUGCUGCACAACGUCCAGCUGCUGAAGAUCGAGCUGUCUCAGAAAAACCUGAUCAUAGACAACAUGAAGGCUGAUCAUAUGUCCAAGAUCGAGGAGCUGGAGGAGAGGCUGAAUGAUGCUAUACAUCAGAAACAGGUUUUGGCCCUGAGACUGGACAGCCAGCUGAAACUCACUCAAGAGGAGAACAGGAAGCAGCAGGCUCUACGUAAGCAGGAGAUGGAGGCCAUCCUGCUCAGGCAGCAGCAGCUAGAGGAGACCAACCGGCAGCUGUGUGAGAAGGCUGGAGAGCUGCGGAGGUCUCUCAGGGAUCUGGACAUCUCCCAGGACAGGUACCAGGAGCUCCGCGACCUCCCUGACGACAAAAUCUCCAUACAGGAAUACGUAGCUAUGCGUUUCUACGAGGUGGUGACUCCUCUGCGGGCUCAGCUGGCUGAGCUCAGUGUGAAGAGAGGCUGUUUGACUGAAGACCUGGAUACACACAGGACCCAGAUGAAGGCUUUGAUGGAGAGCUACGAGGAGGAGCGGCGGCUACGUACAGAGCUGGAGUUGAGGAGCCAGAGACUGACCCUCGAGCUGGCCGACACCAAACAGCAAAUCCAAGAAGGGGACUAUCGCAGAGACAACUACCCUGUCAUCAAACGUGAGCGUGACAACUUUGAGUCAGAUCUGAAGGAGUUAAAGAGAAGAUUUGAGACACUAGACUUGACUCACACUUCAGUUACCAGAGAAAGAGACUCACUCAGCAAAGAGGUGGCGACAUUGCAGCAGUCACUCACCCUCCUGCAGAAGGACAAGGAGUACCUACACAGGCAGAACAUGGAGCUUAGUGUGCGCUGUGCACAUGAGGAAGACCGCCUGGAGAGGCUGCAGGUGCAAUUAGAAGACACUAAGAAGGCGAGGGAGAACGCCUACGAAAAAUACGUAGCAUCCAGAGACCACUAUAAGUCAGAGUAUGAGACCAAGCUGAGAGAAGAGCUGGAGAACAUCAGGCUGAAAACUAGUCAGGAGAUAGACAACCUGCAGAGAACGUCCAGGGAGAUGUACGAGAGGGAAAACAGGAACUUGCGUGAGGCAAGAGACAAUGCGGUGCUGGAGAAGGACAGAGCCGUUGCUGCGGAGAGAGACACUCAGUCCAGAUAUGACCAACUGCUCGAACAGUUUCGUCAGCUCCAGCUGGGUACUGAUAGCCGGGUAGCAGAACUGUCCAACCAGGCCAAGCUGCACUCCUUCGAAGCUGAGCGCGCUCAGAUGGUCAAGGACGAGACGGCUAAGGCCCUGGCGCAGUGCCAGGUGGAGUGUGAGAAACAGCAGAAGAAACUGGAGCUCCUGACCCAGGAGUUUUACAGGCUGCAGACGUCAUCAGAGAAGCGGCUGGCGGAGCUGCGAGCUCAGAAUGCCGAGCAGGCGUCUCGCCUGGAGACGUACGAAAAGCUCGAGCAAGAGUUGGACCAAGUCACCAUGCAGGCUGCCGAAAUUGAGAAUGAAGAGGAGGCAGAGAGAGUUCUGUUCUCAUAUGGCUACGGUGCCAACGUUCCCACAACAGCCAAGAGGCGAUUAAAACAGAGCGUUCACCUGGCCCGCAGGGUGCUGCAGCUCGAGAGGCAGAACACGUCACUGAGGAGAGAGCUGGACAGACACAAAUCACAGACAGGACAGAUAUCUGAGGAGUUGUUGGCAGCCAACCAGCUGUUACAGCAGACUCAGCAGCCCUAUAGCUACCUGAUUGAGACGGUGAGACAGAGGGAUGCACAGAUCAGCACGCAAAAGGAACGUCUCACCGCGCUUGAGGACGAAGUCAGUUCUCUGAGGAAAGAACGGACUGCACUGCAACAGGUGAAAAACAACAUGGCCGCCGAUCUGGAGCGACUCCUCAACCAUCGAGAGGAGUUAGCGGUGAUGAAGCAGGUCCUGAUCAGCAUGCGCUCCAGACAGGGAGACGCGCUAAACCUGUUGGAAACAGAUAAAACUGCCGUCAGGGCCACUGGCGCAGGAAAACACCAGUCCAAACGUAUCAACAGGACCACAGAAGAAGAGUCACCAAACAAACCCAAACCCACUGUGUUUACCAAUAAGGAAGUUCCCGAUUGGUACCAAAAGAUAAAGCAGAAACCAAAAUGAACGUUUAUUUCUGUUACCGCUGGUGCUUGUCUCUCAGGGUUUUAACAAUCUUAUGUUUUAUCAAGGCUUUUGUUUAUUAAACUUGUAACUUGCACUUCUUUUUGACUUGAAAUACAAAAGCAGAAACCGUU